ACUCGUAGUUUAGAAAAACUUACACGGUUGGAAUACCAUCAUGAUAGCACCAAUACAGACACAGCCAAAUAUGGCAGGAAAAUUCUCAGUUUUGUACAAUUUACUGACCAGUCGAUAUCCGUGAUAGGCGGUUGUCGCGAGGUUUUCUAAACGGCGCGUGAAGAAUUAGUUUCGAGGUGCAAAUUAAGUGAAAAAAUUGUAAUCAACAAAACGGAUUCGAAUGUUCAUGGCGAUAUGCUAAUUUGAAUGAGAAUUUUUGUAUUUUUCCGAUUUUUGAUAAUUUGUUUUUCGGUUCGUCUCGUAUAACGAUUGUGAAUGUGAUUCUAAUUGGGAAAACUCAAAUUCCAAUUAGACAUUUUCGUUCGGUUCUCUGUCAAAAUUAUUUCUGUGGUGGUUUAUAACGCCGGAUUUUUUCUUGCUGGGAAUUAAAUUGAAAUAUUGGUACGGGAAAGAAUCCAAAUGGAUUGAGAAUAUGUACCGUCGCUAUAAAAAACGCUCUGAUUCGCGGUUGAUUUUGGGAUUCGCAUGAAUGUUUUAGCAAUACGUCAAUGAACAUUAAUAGCUAAACUAUUGGGAUAAUAGAAAGCAAAUUAAUUAUGACUCAAAUCGCUCAGCAAAUUAUGAACAUUUUGGCUUCGUAGCGUGUUAGUCGAACCAAAAAAAAAAAAAUUGUUUCGAAAUAUUCAUUCAUUGAAUUCGUAGUUGACUCACGGUUGUUCUCACGGUAGCUGAAUAAAUAAGUUCACAACCACGUCGAAUUGGCAUGGGACCAUAGACAAUUAUUUUGUUUUAAGUUUGAAACAACAAACUUCUUAAUUGACCUCUAAUUUCAUCAUAAAAAUUAAUUGACUUAAACGAACCUGCGUCGUACUGCAGACAAUUCGAAAAAAAUAAAUUUUUACGGAAAUUUAUUCGACAAAAAAAACUGUUUCAGAAAAUCACAAUCGCCUCAUAAGCCUUACUUAACGUGCUCGUUUUCGAUCAGUUCAAUCAAAUCAAAUCAAACGCUAGUGCGACUCAAAAAAAAAAGAAAAGAAAACGGAAUAACAUUUCAACAAAUAAUAUGUAAUAAAGGCAUACACGACGAACGCGUUUCGUUCAGAGAAUGCGUAAUUUCCAAUCAUAAAAACUUUACAUUCAGCAAAACAGAAAAGAAUUCAUUUUAGUGGAAAUUUAAUUCUAGGGAUCUUCAAUAGGUGAGCAAAACCUCACUCAACGUAUAAAUAAUUCCAAAUUAAAUACACACAUUAUACCAUUGAGAAAAGAACGAAAAAUAGAAGAAAUAAAAACCAACAACGACUAGCACAUAAAUAUCAGGUUACACAGAGAAAUAAGAAUAAAAAUCCACACGGGCACACACAUUCAGUGCCAAAAAAAAAACAACACACAACACCACCAACAAAACAAAAGGAAAAACCGGAGGAAAGUGUGUAUAUAGGCAAAAGGAGAAUACACACUCAUAUUUGUGCACCAUUUUAAUCUCUAUCGCGUUUGUGUAUAAAACGAUUGGUUGGGACACAGCACACCAAUCCGCGUCGAUUAUCGCACAACAUUGAAGGAGUGGCCUGAAGGGGGCGAAGCCGACACCCGUCAAACACCAGAGGUGUGAUUGCAGACACCAAAAACCAGACACCAAGUAUUAUAUCGUAGCUGUUAUAACCAGUCCAUAAUCGACCGGCGUGAAGUUAGUAUCGUCCAUCAUUAAGCGGGAGAGGAAAAAAAAAAUUUGUGUAAAAAUUUAGUGUUGCUCAUAUUAUAUCGACUGAGAUAAGCAUUUUCCGGCAUAUUGUUGGGGGGAAAAUGUUUCAAAAUGCGCGUGUGUAGUGAUAAUGAUACGAGUGUUGUUCCAGCGAUUUUCGGUUAUCUUUUCCUCAUAAAUUAAAUGUGUGCUAUAUAGAGGAUUAUGAAGUGAUUAAAAUUGAAAGUACAAAUAUUGUGGUUUAAACCACGGAAAUUUACGAGAGAAAAAAAAAGUUUAUGUUGAAGUGUUAGUUCGUUGCGAACGUAAUCAUUUGCGUAAUAGAAAAUUAAUUGACUGCAACGAAAAUAUUGAAAAAAAAAAAUUAUUUGAGCAAACUAAAAAAUCGUGAAGUGAUUUUAUUGGCAUGUUGUGAUGAGAUACGACGUCCAGGAAGCCAUACAAUCUGACGACAUCAGCAGGUUUGCUAAGGGGAUGGCAUAUCAUCCAUUCCUGCAGCUGCCCAGACCCACAGACUUCAGCGUUUCGUCGCUGUUGACGGGCGGUGUUCCAGGUCAAGGACAAGGCUCACCAGGAUCGCAUCAACCAUAUUUUCCUGCUGCCGCUCUAGCUGCACUAGCGAAUGCACCAGGCGGUCCACAUUCGCAUUUAUAUUCGGGUUCAUUGCUACCGAAACUGCCACCGCACCAUCCCCAUCCACAUCAUCCGCUCGGCACCCCAUACACAACGGCUGAAGAUGUUGUCCUAGCGUCGGUUGCCGCUCAUCAACUGCAUCCAGCUAUGCGACCGCUACGAACGUUACAGCCGGAAGAUGAUGGAGUGGUGGAUGAUCCGAAAGUGACUUUAGAAGGCAAAGAAUUGUGGGAAAAAUUUCAUAAAUUAGGAACGGAAAUGGUGAUAACGAAAAGUGGAAGACAAAUGUUUCCGCAAAUGAAAUUUCGAGUAUCUGGUCUAGACGCAAAAGCAAAAUACAUAUUACUCUUGGAUAUUGUAGCAGCUGAUGAUUACCGGUAUAAAUUUCACAACAGCCGAUGGAUGGUUGCUGGUAAAGCGGAUCCAGAAAUGCCAAAACGUAUGUACAUCCAUCCGGACAGUCCAUCGACGGGUGAACAGUGGAUGCAAAAAGUGGUAUCAUUUCACAAAUUAAAAUUAACAAACAACAUUAGCGACAAACAUGGAUUUGUAAGUACUUUCUGGAAUUCAACUUGGCAAUCUCGAUUUUAUGAUUUACCUAACUCACAAACACAGCAACAACAAAGUGAUAGCAUGUAUUCGACGAUACUUAACUCAAUGCACAAAUAUCAGCCUCGAUUUCACUUGGUCCGAGCGAAUGACAUUCUAAAGUUGCCCUACUCAACGUUCCGAACGUAUGUUUUUAAGGAAACCGAAUUUAUAGCAGUCACGGCAUAUCAAAAUGAAAAGAUAACUCAACUGAAGAUAGAUAACAAUCCGUUUGCAAAGGGAUUUCGUGAUUCUGGUGCUGGAAAACGUGAAAAGAACAGGCAAGCUUUGCUAGCACAGCGCGGUGGCUCCGAUUCAGAUAAACUGAAUCCCACCCAUGUGACCAGUACGCGAGCACCCAGCCACUUGGAUCAACGAUCACGAAACGAUGUACUCGAUGACGAUGACAAACUACUCGAUGUAGUCGGUCCACCACAAAGUCCGUUGAUGCCUUUAGGUCACACAUUAUCGCAUAUGCACAAUCCUCACUCAGACAAAUUUCUUCCAGCGUGGUUCAAUCAUCUGGCUGCCGAAAAUCAGAGCAAUGAAGAGGCGCUACGACGUCGGUUACAACAAACCGACGAUUCGGAGCGUGAUGGUAGUGAUUCGAGUUGUUCGGAAAGUGUUGGAGGUAGUACGAGCGGUGCAUUUCGACCGACAUCAGGAAGUCCUAAAGAUCCAUCGGCACCGGGCGGAACGUCGUAUCCGUCGCCGAAUAUAUCAGUAGGUCCGCCAAUACAUCCACCUCCUCACUUAUUGCCUUACUUAUAUCCACACGGACUGUAUCCGCCACCACACAUGUCUUUGCUACACAAUUCAGCUGCAGCCGCAGCCAUGAAUCCCGGUUUCAAUCCCGGCCUUUUAUUUAAUGCACAAUUGGCAUUAGCUGCUCAACAUCCCGCCUUAUUCGGUCACUAUUCGGGACACUCACCGACGUCCCCAUUGAAUGCACUGAAAGGACACCGUUUCUCACCAUACAGUUUGCCUUCUGGAUUUGGUUCAGCCUUUGAUGCUGUUACGCCCGGCUCCAAUUCGGGCGGACCGCGAAGCUUAAGCAGUAGUCCACGACCGCGAGCAACAUCAAGCUCACCACCAAAUCGACCGAUUUCAGUGUCACCGAGUCCGAUGAAUGUGACAACAACGGCACCGCUCAAGAAAUCCAUGUGCAAUUCACCGUCAGAACUAAAAAGUAUAGAGAAAAUGGUGAACGGAUUGGACGUGCAAUCGAGUAUGAAUGGUUCAGGAGAUGAUACAAGUAAGUCCAUGCAUAACAGCGAUCAGUGACACUUGCCGAAUGGAACUGCUGUGACACUGAAUACCGAACUAAACAAAUUUGUGGCUUUAAGUGCGUAACGCAUUGAUCAUUCUGCAAUGCAAUAGAAGAUUGAUAGGGGGAAGUAAUGUGAGUGUCUACUUGGGAAGAAGAAAGGGGAAAAAAUGCUCAACUUUCCAUGAAAGGGAAUGGAUUAUGAAAUGGACACAAUGUUUGUGCUAAAUAAUUAAAAGAAAUAUUUAAACUAAGAGCAGAGAAUUGACAAAAAAAAACAAAAACAAAAAUCGCAAAGUUUCUAUCGGUUAAUCAAAGUGUUAAGCGAAAACUAUAAAUUUCGAAUGAUUACACAAAUAGCUAACAAUUUAAAUAAGUAAUGACUAUAUCACCAAAGAAUAUUUAUACGUUUUAAGGAAGUUAAAAAAAAGGAACUACAAAAACAAACAGAAACAGAAAACAAAAACUAACGUAAAAGUAACGAAACCUUAUCCUCCUUCUCCGUUGACUAUAACAAAGUUCGAUAGAAAUAUCAGAAGUUAUACCGCAGACCACAGUCACUGUUUAAAUAUCCUAUUUUUUUGCAUAAUUUUGUGACCAUGACAGCCAAACUGGUUGUUGAACAAUUUUUUUUUAAAGUCCUUCAUUCCCUUCUUACAAAAAUCAAAAAGCUCUUCGCACUUUUAUCUUCCUUAUGCUUAUCGUUUGUGAAAGCUUAAAAUCGAUUCGAUAAGGUAGAACGGUUUCCAAAGUUCGGUUUACUAUCAGAGUUUUAAAAACUCUGCAGACGCACAUUUUACGUGACAUCGUACUGCGAGAAAAAAAUCAUAUUUUCACGAGUGUUAGGUUCGGCGUUUGAGUCGUACGAAACGGAAGUAAUCCAUUAGUUAAAACCACAAUUUCUGAGCAAGUACGUGUUGUAGUUUAUUGCCUGUACUAUGUGAAAGUAGACCAUUACAUGACAGUUUGCCGCCUUCGAAAAUCAUCCAUUACUUGAGGAAUAUUUUUGCUUCAUUUUACGUAAAUUCAUUUGUGAUAAUGAAUUUUCGCAUGAGACAGGCAUUAAACCCGAAUAAAUUGGAUCCUUCUACGUUUGUAGCUCCUUUGAAUUUUUAAUGCAUACUGGAGCUACGCGAUUCAUGUACUUAGUUUAUGAGUUAUGAGGUUGCUUUUAUCACAAACUUGUUACCUCAUGUAAUGAAUUACUUCCGCAGCAUUGAAUGUAAUCUACUAUUACAUGUUGAAGAGAUCUAUCGACGGUGUUCAGCGAAAAUUGCAAACUUUUUAUAAUUUGUGUACAACUUUGUUGCCGAACUGGAAGAUUAGCACAUACAGUAGAUAUGACUACUCGCUAUAACAAGUGGGAGAGCUAUUAUUUCAGUCAGUUCCUGAAUUUGCCGACAUUUUUCUUCUUAAAAUUGGAAAAAAUGUAAUCAAAUUCGUGAAAUCUAUUUCUCAAAAAUUGGCAUUGAUCCCAGGAAGCAUCGGUAGUGUAAGGAAUACUAUUCGGGCUCAAUCUCAAUUUCUGCUGUCUAUCGAUCGCCAGUGUUUCCAUAUUUCUUAACAUAUAUAGCCAGUGACUUUCACGUUAAUAAAAUUUUCAUCUAUGUUUCCUUCCGUUGAAUCUCGUAAUAAUCUAUAAAAACAUUUUUUCAACAAAAGUUCCCGGUAAUUUAAAAAAAACAAUCGCCUCGAAUAAAGAACGUGUUCAAUGCGAAGGCAAGCAUAUUACAAAACCCCUGGUAGAGUUUCUAAAUAUAUCGAAACAGGAUAUGCGAAUACAACAAACAAACAAAAAACGGACUGCGAAAACAUGCACAAUAUUUUUAAAAUUUCAGUUCAAAAACGAUGAAGCCUGACAAACUAAUUUUUUUUUAAUUUAUAAUUUUCAAUUGAAUCGAUUACAAAUUGAAAUCGGAAAUAUUUAUAAUUAACCAUAGCCUGCUAACCGUACUAGUCUAUACUCAUUAGGUAUACACAUGCAAAACAAAAACACAGAAACACACACUCAAUGGAUUCAUUCAUUCGUAUUUUUUUUCAAAUGCAAAAAGAAAUUUAAUUUCACCUAUAAAUUUAGCACAGAUUCAGAUCAAAAGUGUAAACUGAAAGUUUACUCGUACAAAUGAAGUUCUUUUAUCAUUUUAUAAGUUCUCUGUUAAUUUGAAAAACUCUUUAAUUUAGGUGCCAAUGUGUGAUAAGUUCGAUCUAAUUUAAUUUAAAUAAAGAAGAUGCAGAUAAUGAGGAAGAAGAAGUUUUAUUUGUAAAUUAUAUUUUUGUUUUAUUUAAAUAUUUUCUUUUCCUCAAUUUUAUUCAUUUAGAACCGUAGAACCAGUGGAAAAAAACAAGAUUAGAUAUUGAGAGAGCAAGCUCCUAUUAAUUAUUAUUAAUUAUUCAAGCAAACUAAUGACUAUUUGAUUAACUAAGGGUAUAAUUUAGUCGCAAAAGCAAUACUACAAUUAAGUUUAAACAAAACAAAAAAAUGAAGAAGAAGAAAAAUCCGAAAGACAAUUGUGUAUAAUCUGAAAGCGUAAAAGAAAAUAUUCCAGGGAAAAUGGGACACUUUCUGAUUUCGUUACCUGCUUUGGUUGUAAUAAUACCAUUAAUCCUUGCCGAAAUUGAUGAAUGAAAUACAAAAGAAGAAAAUCAGAAAAAGUUAACUAAAUUUAUCACACACAUACACACACUGCUUUCAAGUUUGUUUGUUUGACAAUUUUUUUAAAAUUAUUUUGAUGACCUAAAGGUUAAAAAAAAAGUUUGUAAAUGUAAGAUAGUAUCAGCAGCUCUUUAUGUAUAUAAUGUACUUUAAUAAAAGAAAAUGAUAAGGAAAAACACCUACAAAUUUAUAUAUUUAAAUAAAAAAAACAACAAAAACCUUACCCCCUUAUACAUAAAAACAAAAUUAUAGACAAAA